UUCAUGUCAUGCCUUCCAGCUCAACCUUCCUCUUCAUUAAGCAAAAGAAGAACCUUGAUUAGUGCCUUGAAAAACAGUUUGCAACUUACGAAAUUUUCCUAUUAACAAUAUAUAUAUAUACACACACACACACACAGUUCUUGGAAGCUUGUAUUGUUUGCCUUCUUCCUUUUUUUCUUCUUCUCUUUCUAUCAAACUGUAAAGCUGCCCCCUUUUUUUGUGCAAGUUGAAGCUUUUAAGCUCAAGGAUUAAUGGGGUGAUUAAGCUCUUCUGGAUUUGAGUUGUUGAUCAUUGUUUAUUGGAUCCAUUUCUUUGAGGCAAGAGAAACAAAAAGAUUUCUUGUGGAGUUUGAAUCGGGCGGAAAAUGGUAACGAUGUGUGCCCAUCAUUAGGAACUAUAUAUUUGAUCCGAGACCGAAGAUGGACGACACAUUUGGUAAUGGUCGGAAAGACGACGAGGGUAAAGACGAGUCACUGCGAAACUUGGAAGAAAACAGGGAUGUUUUGGGAGAGAAUGGAACGGAUUAUUACGAAUUAAAAUCGAAAAAGCUGGCUAGAAGGGCAACUCCACAGCAUUCUCUAAUAGGAAAUGCUGGUAAACGAUUUCCAAGUAUUUUUAGCUUAGGCAAUAUGGUUCCGAGGCAUAUGAUUACUCUAGAUGAGAAAUACCUUCGACGUUGCCUGGAAUUGCUUCGUAUCAACACGACGAAAGCAGCUCAUUGCGACAUACCCGUGAACUUGAGCUCAGUAAAAAUGGACAUUUUGUCUGGUGCACUGAAUUCAGCUAAAAUCGGGGAUGAAGAUGCUUGUGAAUUCGGAAGGUUUGUUUUCGACUGUCCACCGGCAGUUGGGACCGCUGGAGUAGUCAUUCAUCCUGUGGAACAGUGGGUCGUAGGUUCUAAAAGGCGCAGUCGGAGUAUGGCAAAUAUCUCGAAGAGCCCAUUGUUACAGAAAUUUGGUCCACUCGACGUCGAUCCAAGUUCAAAUGACGUUAAAAGAAGGAUAAGUUAUGACUUAAUGAGCUCUCCCGGUGGUUUCAGUAACUAUUCCUCGCAUAAGCUAGGAAGCGAAACACCCAUGUCCGAAAAUCGUAAAUACAGAUCCAAGACUGUGCAUAAAAGGUUAAGUUCCAAGUCGAGUACAAACUCAACAUAUUCUGAUCAGUCCGUUUCUUCGACUUCGACAAUUUCUCGGGGAAUGCUUCAAUGCACAUGGAAGGGUGGGAAUCCGUAUUUCGUUUUCUCCUUGGAUAAUCAGAGGGAGUUAUACGUAGCCAGUAUGUGGAAGGAAGGAUCAGCUCGGGGUAACAGUCCGGACUGUAUCUACUUGUUCCAUUCAAGCAAGGGUAGACACAAGGAACAUGGGAUUAGUGACAUCGAGUCGAACCUUGUCGGUAAGAUGAAGGUAUCGAGUUCGUUCUCGAUAUGUCCCAAAGGUUCUAAAAUCAAGGAGACGGAGUUUGUUUUGUUUGGUGGUAUCGAAACUUGAAUCCGGAGAUUCAAACUUCGAGCCAUAACGACAGGAAGAAUAAGGGUCUACAGAAAAAGGUGGUAGAAGCAUUCAAGAGCAGUCAUUCGUCCAAGCUGAGAACAAGGUCGUCUACUUCCAUAAUGGAGGAUUCUUCUUGGGGUCCAUGCCAAGAUGCAGUCAACAAUUCCGAUUCACUCGAUACGACGACAAAUCACUCAGAGAAGGAACUUCCACCGAAUCUUGAAUUGACUGCUAUUGUUGUGAGGAACCAUCUUCCUAAAAUCCUCUGCCCGAAGUCGGGGGUUGGGGCUUAAAGUUUCUCCGGAGAACGGCGGGUAAGCAACAUGUUGAAACCGUGGAAGCCUCAGUUUCAUGUGCUUGUUCUCUGAAUACCGGUGAUUGCUCGACAAGUAUGGAUAUUCUAGUUCCUGCAGGUAUUCAUGAUGGUCCAAGAACCAGAAAUGGUGGCCCCUCUAGUCUUAUCGACAGAUGGAGAUCCGGUGGACAUUGCGACUGCGGCGGCUGGGAUUUGGGCUGUCCGUUGACUGUACUUAAAUCCAGAUCAAGUAAAGAACCAUGUUUGCCUUCGACGGAUACAUUCGAUGCGUGCAAGCUAUUCGAUUUUUUCGUUCAGGGCUUGAAGAACGGUUCUCCGACGUUGAGGAUAGCAAACGUUCGUGAUGGCCUGUAUUAUAUUCAUUUUCAAUCAGCACUCUCAGCCCUGCAGUCUUUCUCAAUUGCAGUCGCAUACAUCCAUGCGCAAAGUCCGGGUUUCCGACCGGAAAACAUAAAGCCGACGAGGUAGCAAGUUCCGGGUCCGAAGUUCAUGUUAGUUGUCACCUUCUCACCAUGCCAUGACAGUAUGUAAGUUUGAAAAUUUAGGUAUUUACACACGAACCGUGAUCGGUAUCUUAUAUCGGUUGUUCAUAAUAGAAUGGAGAGUUAGAUUGAGUGAAUUUUUACCA